CACACACACACACAGACACACACACACACACACACACACACACACUAUUCUCUUUUCUUUUCUCUUUUCUGUGGUUCAGUGCUGAUACAUGGAGGGAACUGAAUUUAAGGAAAGCCUCAUCCAGUAGUCCUGUACAUACUCUGCAAUCCGUCACACUCUAGUUCUCAUCCUCCGCUGCCGCCAUGUUCCGGAACAGUCUGAAGAUGCUGCUCACAGGCGGCAAGUCCAACAGGAAGAACCGCAACAGCAGCGAUGGAGGGAGCGAGGACCCAGGGGACGCCCACCGCACGGCCAGCCUAGACCCUCACCUCUACGCACUCACUGGACAAGGUGGCAGUGUGGACAGUGACUGUGCGUUUGGGGACCCGGACUACGCGGUGCCACCGCCCCUGACCAUGGUGGAGGGCCUGCAGCACGUGCGCAUGAUGGAGGGCGUGUCGCGCUCGCUCCCCUCCUCCCCGCUACUCGCCCACCAGCACGCCGGGGCGCGUCUGCAGCCCGGGCGCAAGAUCGUUGGAACGGCCCCCCUGCGGAAAGCUAAGUUUGUGGAGAGCCCUCGCAUCCCUGUGUCUGCACUCUGUUCCCCCACACACUACCCUGCUGUACAGAGUCUCACCCUGGACACACACUCUCCUGGGGGGGUGAGUUCGGAGCUGGGCCCCCCUCCCUCGGUGGACGAGGCGGCGAGCACGUUGAUGACUCGCCUCGGCUUCCUGCUGGGAGACAAAAUGAGCGACGGGACCCAGGGCCCCGAGUACAGCAUGGAGGAGCCCGACGACGCGCAGGGUGUGUGUGGGACCCAGAGGCUGAGCCCCUGCUCCACCCUGACCAACAGCACAGCCUCUCCUCCAGCCUGCAGUCCGUGCAGCACACUGCCCCCCACCACCGCCGGACAACACACACUCACCAGCCCCACGUCCACCCUCGAGAGCAGAGACAGCGGCAUCAUAGCUACUCGGAGAGCGGCGAACGCGGCGGCAGCGGAGGCGGGUAAACACGGCACAGACGGUUCCCGCGGCAACCUCAAGCUGUGGCACUCGCAGCGCUCCACGCUGGACUCGGGCCUGUACCGGUUGGACGAGAACAUGGCCGCCUCCACGUUCAGCCUCACAAGAUCCCUGACCGCUCCCUGGCUCCUCUGACCACUCCUACUCCUGCUCCGGCCCUGCCAGCCCUACCUCACGCCCCGACCCAACUCUGUAGCCGCCACCAGUUCGGCCCACCUGGAGGACCUGGCCUACCUGGACGAGCAGAGACACGCCCCCAUGCGCACCUCCCCACGCAUGGCUGCUGCACGCUCUGGACAAGACCUGAGGGUGCGCUUCGCUCCGUAUCGUCUUCAGGACAUCGCUCUGAAGCCCCUCCUCUUCGAGGUGCCCAGCAUCACCAUGGAUUCGGUCUUCACGGGCCGUGAUUGGCUGUUCCAGGAGAUCGACGCCCACCUGGGCGGCCACGAGCCCUCCACCAACCGCGGCGUGGUCGUCGUGGGCAACAUCGGCUUCGGGAAGACGGCCAUCAUCUCCCGGCUGGUGGCGCUCAGCUGCCAUGGGAACCGCAUGCGGCAGAUCGCCUCGGACAGCCCGCAGGCCUCACCCAAACAUGGAGACGGCGUGCCUCUCUCUCAGCCCCAGCCAUCUCACGGCACUCUGGGAGGCAGCUGCCCCAGCACCCCCGAGAUGAGGAGGAGACAGGAGGAGUCCAUGAGGAGACUAGCCUCUCAGGUGGUGGCAUAUCACUACUGCCAGGCGGAUAACGCCUACACGUGCCUGGUGCCGGAGUUUGUGCACAACGUGGCCGCGCUGCUGUGUCGGUCCUCGCAGCUGGACGCCUACCGGGAGCUGCUGCUCCGAGAGCCCGCGCUACAGAGCACGCUCAGUCUGCGCUCGUGCGUCCAGGAGCCGCUCCUCGCCUUCACCAGGGGAGUGCUCGAGCCACUGGACGCGCUGGCCAGGGAGAGGAAGAUCAAUACUGACGAGGAUCUGAUCAUCCUGAUUGACGGGCUGAAUGAGGCGGAGUUCCACAAGCCGGACUAUGGUGACACCAUCGUCUCCUUCCUGGUCAAGACCAUCAGCAAGUUCCCCGCCUGGCUCAAACUCGUGGUGACCGUUCGAACAUCCCUACAGGACAUCACCAAGCCGCUGCCGUUCCACCGCAUCUCGCUGGACGCGCUGGAGGAGACGGACGCCAUUGACCAGGACCUGCAGGGCUACAUCCUGCACCGCAUCCACAGCAGCCCCGAGAUCCAGAGCAACAUCUCGCUCAACGGCAAGAUGGACAACGCUGCCUUCUCCAAGCUUAGCGCCCACCUCAAGGCCCUCAGCCACGGCUCCUACCUCUACCUGAAGCUCACCUUCGACCUGAUCGAGCGCGGCUACCUGGUGCUCAAGAGCUCCAGCUACAAGGUGGUGCCAGUCAACCUGGCGGAGCUGUAUCUGCUGCAGUGCAACAUGCGCUUCCCCACGCAGUCAUCCUUCGAGAGGGCUCUGCCGCUGCUCAACGUGGCCCUGGCCUCCCUCCACCCCCUCCCCGAUGAGCACAUCUACCAGGCGAUCAACUCGGGCAGCGUGCGUGGGCCGCUGGAGUGGGAGGACUUCCAGCAGCGCAUGGAGAACCUGUCGGUGUUCCUGGUGCGGCGGCGCGACGGCACGCGCAUGUUCGUCCACCCGAGCUUCCGCGAGUGGCUCAUCUGGAGGGAGGACGGAGAGAAGACCAAGUUCCUCUGCGACCCCAGGAAUGGUCACACCCUUCUAGCCUUCUGGUUCUCACGACAGGAAAAUAAACUCAAUCGCCAACAAACCAUCGAGCUUGGACACCACAUCCUGAAAGCACACAUAUUUAAGGGCCUGAGCAAGAAAGUUGGGGUCUCCUCGUCCAUCCUGCAGGGGCUGUGGGUUUCAUACAGCACAGAGGGGUUAUCUACAGCACUGUCAUCACUGCGCAACCUUUACACACCAAACAUCAAGGUGUCUCGGCUGCUGAUGCUUGGCGGGGCGAACGUGAACUACCGUACGGAGGCGCUGAGCAACGCUCCGGUGCUGUGCGUCCACUGCCACCUGGGCUACGCCGACAUGGUGGGGCUGCUGCUGGAGUACGGGGCCAGCGUGGACGCCGCGUCCCACACCGGACUCACCCCACUGGCCUACGCCGCCGCCGCUGGACACCUCAACAUCGUCACCGCGCUCUGCCGCAGGAAGGCUAAGGUGGACCACCUGGAUAAGAACGGCCAGUGUGCCCUCGUGCACUCCGCUCUACGGGGACACCUGGACGUGGUCAAGUUCCUCAUCCUGUGCGACUGGCGGAGCCAGACGCAGCAGCAGGGAGGCUUCAGCAAGAGUCAGGCCAUACAGCAGGCCCUGGUGGCCGCCGCCAGCAUGGGAUACGCAGAGAUCGUGUCCUUCCUGCUCGACCUGCCGGAGAAGGACGAGGAGGACACAGACCGUGCUCAAAUCAACAAAUACGACACCUUGUGGGGAGAGACAGCUCUGACGGCGGCGGCUGGGCGGGGCCGGCUGGAGGUGUGUCGGCUGCUAUUGGAGCAGGGGGCGUCGGUGAGCCAGCCCAACCGCAGAGGAGGCGUGCCUCUCUUCAGCUGCGUGCGCCAGGGACACUGGCAGGUGGUUGACCUGUUGCUGACCCAUGGGGCCGAGACAAACCUGGCAGACAAGCAGGGGCGCACACCUCUCAUGAUGGCAGCGUCCGAGGGACACCUGGCCACUGUGGAGUACCUACUGGCACAGGGUGCCUCUCUCCCUCUGACGGAUAAGGAGGGGCUUACGGCCCUGAGUUGGGCGUGUCUUAAGGGCCACCUGCCUGUGGUUCGCUGCCUGGUGGAGAGGGGCGCGGCCAUGGACCACACUGACAAGAACGGACGAACGCCAUUGGACCUCGCCGCAUUCUAUGGGGACUCAGAGGUGGUGCAGUUCCUGGUGGACCAGGGGGCGCUGAUCGAGCAUGUGGACUACAGCGGCAUGCGGCCUCUGGACCGGGCUGUGGGCUGCAGGAACGCCUCCGUGGUGGUGGCGCUGCUCAAGAAGGGAGCCAAGAUCGGAUGUCAGACGUUGCCGAGUCGACCGCGAGGUCCUGCCACUUGGGCGAUGGCGACCUCAAAACCCGACAUUAUGAUCAUCCUGCUCAGUAAACUUAUCGAGGAGGGCGAUGGCUUCUACAAGAAAGGGAAGGUGAAGGAGGCAGCCCAGCGCUACCAGUACGCCCUGAAGAAGUUUCCCCGUGAGGGUCUCAGCGACGACCUGAAGGCCUUCAGAGAGCUCAAAGUCUCCCUGUUCCUCAACCUGUCGCGCUGCCGCAGGAAAAUGAACGACUUCGGGAUGGCUGAGGAGUUUGCCACCAAAGCCUUGGAGCUGAAACCCAAGUGCUACGAGGCGUUCUAUGCCAGAGCACGCGCCAAGAGAAGCAGCAGACAGUUUGCCGAAGCACUGGAGGACCUGAGAGAAGCCAUGCGCUUGUCUCCGAACAACCGCGAGAUCCAGCGGCUACUGCAGCGCGUGGAUGAGGAGCACCAACAAACCAUCCAAUCAGAGGAGCCCGAGAUAGCCCCGCCCCCGUCUCCUCCCCCGUCGCCACCUCCCCCAGAGGAACGCGAGGAGCCCGUACUUCCUGUGCACAUCCCGCCCCCUGAGCCGCGAUUGGACGACAUGGAGCCCGUGCAGGACUUGUUUGAGGACGAGGACUACCUGGAGCAAGAGCUGGAGAACGUGUCCAUGGGUCUGUCCAGCCUGCCAAUCAUCCAGAGCCCGCCCCUCUCCCCAGCGCACCAUCACCACCUCCACCACCAGUACCACCAACAUCAGCACCACCCCGACGCAGUGUACCUGUCCGGCGGCCAGGGCUUCGACUUCCACCCGAGCCACUCGUCCAUGUCGUCUCCGACGCGCCAGAGCUACCAGUCGGCGUCCCCGCCACUUUCCCCGACCCACCAGAACGCCCACUACCGGACGAGCUCCCCCCCGCACGCGCACACGCACGCGUCCCCGGACCAGCACCCGUACCGCUUCAGCCCGCCGCCGGCCCACGAGCCGUACCCGAGCCCGCCGUCGUCCCCGCUGCGCCGCAGCGCCCCCUACAGGGCCAGCCCGCCGCUGCCCGAGAGCGUGUGCCUGUACCGCUCGCAGUCGGGCUCGCCCGUCCGCUACCAGCACCAGGAGCCGCUGCCGGUACCGCUACCGCUGCCCGCGCGGCCCAAGUCGCCGCUCUCCAAGAUGAGCAGCCAGCGGUCGUUCCAGCUGCAGUCGCAGGCGUCCCAGUGCUCGCAGUCGGCGUCGUCCAGCCAGCAGCACCACCGGCUGCAGCCCUCCAUGGCCCAGAUCGUCCGCACUAGCCAGCAGGGGGGCAACGGGGGGUACGGCAGCGGGGGUGGUGGUGGUGGGCAGUUGGCUCACCCGCUCAGCAGCCGCUAUCAGGGCGUGUCCAUGGACGAGAGGGGCCUGGUGGACGAGCGCGGCCGCCUGGUGUACCAGCCCUCGCUGGACGGACGCGCCAUGCCGCCGCCGCCUCCGCCGCAGCAGGUGCAGUCCAGCCUGAGCGCGGGCGCACUGUGCCAGCACGGCGGCGGGCGAGGGGGCGCGGGAGUGCCCGGCGGUGGUGGCAUGGGCGUCCUGGAGGGGGCGCUGUUGAAGGACGAGCUGACCCCUCAGCAGCAGCGUCCGGCUUCCGCGUACCGCUCGGGGGGAGGAGGCGGAGGAGGAGGAGGAGGGGGUGGGGGGGGUCCGGGCGGAGGUCUCCGGUUCAGCCAGACGCCGCAGAUCAGCCGCAGCCAGUCGGCGGCGUACUACCCGGUGUCGGAGCGCGAGCGCGAGCGUGUGGUGGCCUCGGGCGGCGUGCCCGGCGUGUGUCAGCUGGGCUCGCCCGAGAUCCCGCCGCACCUGGGCCUGCGCCGGCCCAUCAGCGCCAGCCCCGGCGAGCUGCCGCUCAAGCAGCAUCAGCAGUCGGCGUCGCCGCGGCCGCUCAUCCACUCGCAGAGCGUCAGCAUGCGCUUCUCCCCCUCCAGCAGCAGCCUCUCCUCGGGCGCCGCCUGUAAUCUAGCCCCAGGCUUCCGGCCGGCCUCCUCCAUCGGCCAGAUGGAGAUCCCCCUGCAGGCGGCGUACGACCGCGACGAGCUGGCCGCCGCCAUCUCGCCGUCGCAGGGCGGGGGCGGCGGAGGCCUGUACGGGGGCGAGAGCGCCCGGUCGCGGAGCACGCCUUUCAUGGGCAUCAUCGACAAGACGGCGCGGACUCAGCAGUACCUGCACCAGCCGUCGGCGCGCGGAUGGGCCAUGACGUCCAUGGACAGCGGCCUGGGCGGCAGCGGGGGCAUUUCCAGCCCCACGUCGCCGGGCAACCUCAUCCACCAGGCGUCGGUGGCGUCCGUCGCCGCGGCGGCGUCCGCGUCCUCCUACAGCCCGCCGGCGUCGCUCGGCAACAUCGCCUACUACAACAAGACCAACAACGCGCAGAACGGCCACCUGCUGGAGGAUGAGUACUACGGUGGCAGCCAAUCGCAGCCGUCCUCGCUGGGCAAGCUGGCCAACGGGAGCGCCCGCGAGCGCGACCUGCUGGAGCGCGUGAGCCAGGGGCCCACCUACCAGGACGUGAAGGUGGCGCGGACUCUGCCCGUGGCACAGGUGGCCUACCAGGAGAACAUGUUCCGCCAGCUGUCCCGCGACUCGCGCCAGGCGUCCACCUCGCCCAUCAAACCAAAGAGACCCUUCGUGGAGUCCAACGUCUGACAACACAACUCCCCCUCCGGGGGGCCAUGAGAGUGUGUGUGGGUGUGUUUGUGCGGAGGGGCUCGGGGGGAAAGUGUGUGUUUGAGAGAGAGAGAGAGAGAGAGAGAGAGAGAGAGAGAAAGAAAGAAAAAAGAGGUGGGUGUGUGCGUGUAUAUCUGUGAGGAGCCAGGGGUAUAAAAGGUUGUUACAUUUUUUUUGUUUUGUUUUUUGUUUACUUAUUUUAAUAACAGAUUAUAGAUGUGAAUGUGGAAAGACAUGUCAGGCAGCGAAAUCAGUUGACCCAAUAGAAGGACCUGGCCUGGAUUCGGGGCCAGAACCAGAAGUGUCUCAGGUGGUCACUGGACUCUGGGGGGGACACACUCAGUAGUCACAACGACAGCCAGAGCUGUAGCCUCUGUAUACAUAACUUUAGUCAAAAGCUUCUCGUCUGUGGCUUAUACUAUAGUGUACUACUACUACUACUACUACUACUAUUGGAUACUGUAUACGAACCGCAAAUCACAACCUCAUUCUCUACAGUGUGAAGAGCACAUCUAGACAUAACCUCAGUGCAGAAACGCAGACCUGAAGCAUUGUUACUGAGAGAGAGAGAGAGAGAGAGAGAGAGAGAGAGGGAGGGGGAGGGAGGGAGGGAGAGAGAGAGAAAAAGUAGUAUGAGUGGGCCAGUGAGAGAAAGUGUAGAUUGUGUGUGUGUGUGUGUGUGUGGUGGUUUGGAUGUGUUUUUGAAUGGGAACAUCGCAAUGGGGAUAGUCCAGACUUUUCUCUUUCAUUCGAACACCUACCGCACGUGCGGUCAAAGACUCAACUCAAGGCUCUGCUGAAGCUCUCACAGGAUUGUUCAAUACUGUAAAGAAGAGAUACUCUACGAAAUGACUCAGAAAGCUGUACUUAAAGAAAGCCACCAGAGAAAUAUUUAUAAGUCAGUUCUAUAAUGUAUAGACAUAUGAAAAUACAGUAUAACUCCAUGUAUAAGCAUAGCAUUUGUUUUGGACUUGUUUUUUUUUUUUUUUUUUUUUUUUAAAAAGCUGGAGCGGAGAGGAAUGAGGGCAUUUGCUAACUUUCAACGUUUUUGGUCAGCGAAAAAAAACGGAUCCAUGAGGAGGACUUUGAGUAUAUGCUAACGUCAAUGUUUACAACCCAGAGAGAGAUGUACAUUUGGAUUUGAUGUGGACUGAGUGACUGAUAUUGUUCAAAAAAGUGACUACUGAUUCUACCAUCUUGACAGUCCACUGCUACUGCGCGUAUAUAUUUUAUAACAGGUGUGACGGAUGUUUCAGAUUUUGUGUUCUAACGUUCUCACUUUGAGGUGGGAUCCAUUUUGGUUAUUUAUCUAGAACACACUGAAGAGCAGAGUGAGAACAUGUCGAGGUGAGUUACGCUCACCAGAUAUUUGGAAAUGGAAAAAUGAGAUUUCGGCCACAGCACAGUGUGAUUUACAUGUAGGCUCGAAAGUUUGCAGAUGCCCUUCUCACAAAGUCAAGUAAAACAGAGAGGAGUGUUUUAGAAGAAAAGAAGCUAAAAUAUAUAUUUUUGUUCUUUAUGUUACUGAUUAUUUUAAUUACUAGUUUUUGUUGUUAUUAUGACACAUUUACUGCACAAUGUUUCUGUGAUGUUUCUUAACCAAGAGCACUUUAUUGAUUUGAUGUAGUAGGUUCGGAUUGGUAACCCUUUGGUAGGGCCAGGGAGUUUUGUUUGUAGAUGUUGGUGGGCGGAGGUCCCUGCCAAACAGCAGUUCAGAAGAAAUUAAUUUGUGUGUAGGUGUCCUUUUUAGAAACUAGCCAACCGUACUUGUUCUUGGUGCAAUUAUGAACUCUGAAACAAACAAACGAAUGAAUGAUUGAUGUGAGUGAGUGAGUGAAUGUCUGAGUGAAAGAACAAAUAACUUUAAGGGAAAAAAGCAAACUGUUUGUAAAAGUAUGAACAUGUGUACAUAUACAGAGAGCCUUUCUAGAGCACAUUGUAACUGCUGUACAUAAAAGCCAGCCACAUGAAUUUUAUCCCCAGAGUGACCGACUUCAGACCCCCUGUGAGCGUUCAUCGGAGGCUUUCCUUCCUUUCCUUUCUUUUCCCAGCAAACCACUGCUGACAGUCUGAGGCACCUAUCGGGCAGCGCUUCCGUCCAGCGUAACUCCUGACCCACACACAACAGUGUGCUAUGGAGCAGGUCUGGGCUAGAGAGCCAGGCUGGAUAGGCUUCAAACAAACAAGCAAAGAAAUCGAUAGAUAGUUAGAUACUUUAUUGAUCCCCAAGGGGAAAUUCAGGAAAUCUACCAUUAAAUGAGGAAUGGAGAGAGAGAUUGUUUGUGUGUGUUUAGAGUGUGAACAUAAAACACAAACAGGCUAGUUAGAUGUCUGUAUGGGUUCCCAGUUGUCUGAGGGAAGGAAAUGACUCUUGGGCAAGGCCUUGAAUGGAUGCCUUCUGGCCCUGGCAAAAUAUUAUACAACUCUGUCAUGAUUGCUCAAGUUGUAUGGAAGGCACUAAACACAAAUAAUCUCAGUGCCAUUCCUGUCCAUGAGUAGAAAUGCAAUACAGCUCUGAGGAUGGCUGGGAGGAAGUAAAGCUUUUUACAUAAUCAGGAAAUGAAGUAUUAACUAAGUUGCUGGGGACAACCUACGUACACAGGCGCACUUAGUAACCAUGGAAACGGAAAACUGCCAAUUUCUACUUCCAUGAGCUCAGUACGGUCUCAGCAGAACCCCAGCUGAUCUCACCACAAAUCACACACACACCAAACGGUCACACAAACACACAGACACUCAGAACAUGGCGGCGUGGAAGAAACCUUCUGGGAGGUUCUUAUGACAGUACUUAUUUUCUUUUUUCCCCCUUUUCUUUCACAAUUGUAAAUUAUUUUUGCUGUAAAUAGUCAGAUGCAUGUUUAGUCUCUGCUCUCUACUGCUCCCAGGUUGAAAUAUGAACAACUCACGUGUGUGUGUGUGUGUGUGAGAGAGAAAAUAAGCCAGCUUUCUUCCCUCUGCACAUCUAGCUAUAUAAUAUACAAUCUGAGUGAACUGGGGAAUAUAAAACACCCUCAUUGGUCCCCCCCUCCCUUCCCAUUCAUUUAAUCUGUCAACUAAACACACACACACACACACACACACACAGAGCGAGAAACUGGGGCAGCUUCCAUUAAUUUCCUUUCAUUUUGACUUUUGGUUUUGGAGUUCAUUGUAACUGCUUGCUGGACAGAGUUCUCUUGUCUGUACAUGUGAGCUUUCUGAGCGCUGUGACACAACAAAACAAAACAAAAAAAGUGAAAGAAAAAAAUCCGUUUAACAGAAACCAAUAAAACCGAAUGUGUUUUUAUCAUGUGA